UGGUAUUAUGUUGCUUUAAGCAAACAGUCUUCGAGAUGGUUCACUAGUAUCUGUCAAGAGGAUCUAUCUCUGCAUGUUAGUGCCAUUGUUCGACUAGUUCAUGAGAUGAGACAUGUCAGCAAGAACUGUUUUCUCCCAUCGUUUAAUCUCUCUCACAGAAUUUGAAUUCUCCUCCCACACACUUCCCAAGCAAAUGUCUCAACUGCUCUACCAUGGAAUUUUCUCUUUAUGGGAGUCAUUCAACCAAGUAUCUCACUCCUUCCUAUAAAGCUUGGAUUUUCUUAUAUUUUAUGCCCAUUUCCUUGUUCUAGCAUCCUACCAUCAUAAGGUGGCGGUGGCAGGCAUGUGUGUUUCUUUCCCUUCUUUUCUGUCUCCUCUACUUACUUCCGACAGGAGGGAGAGGGCAUGGCUAAAGCUGCAAGCUUCUUCCAAGCCAUGACCAGACUGGUUCCAGAAGAGAAGGUGGGUAAGAGAAGAGCACAUUAAUGAUUCGAUUAGGGAUGUGUUUCAUCAUGGGAAGCUUCCUUUCGGAGCCUGGUGAUUCAAUGAGAGCAAAGAAGUCGUGCGAAUAUGAGCUGUUUGCUUUGGUUUUCCUCUUCUCUUGGGUUUCUGCUGCUGGUGUUCUCUCCCCUAAAGGUGUCAAUUAUGAAGUUCAAGCUUUAAUGGGUAUAAAGGCCUCUCUGAAGGAUCCCCAUAGUGUUCUUGAGAACUGGGAUCAGGACUCCGUGGAUCCAUGCAGCUGGACCAUGGUUACUUGUUCACCUGAGAAUCUAGUCAUUGGCCUAGGAACUCCAAGCCAAAAUUUAUCUGGCACACUCUCUCCAAGCAUCGGCAAUCUGACAAACCUGCAGAUCAUUCUCCUCCAGAACAACAACAUAUCAGGACCCAUCCCACAAGAGAUUGCGAGGCUCUCAAAUCUCAAGACCCUUGACCUCUCCAACAACUAUUUCAAUGGUGAAAUCCCUACCUCCAUCAGCUACCUGAGUAGCCUUCAGUACCUGAGGCUCAACAACAAUAGUUUGUCUGGAGCAGUUCCUCUGUCUUUGACCAACCUGACACAGCUUGCAUUCCUGGACUUGUCUUACAAUAACUUGAGUGGUCCUAUUCCAAGUUUUGCAUCUAAGACAUUCAACAUCGUUGGAAAUCCUUUAAUCUGCGCUACUGGUACAGAGAAAGAGUGCUUAGGGAUGAUGCCGAUGCCGAUUUCCUACAACUUGAGUAAUUCAGAGAGCACUGCAACCCCAGGAAGACAAAGAAAUCACAAAGUAGCUUUGGCUCUCAGCUCCAGCAUUGGAUUAGCCUGUUUGAUAGUUCUUGUUGUUGGACUGCUUCUCUGGCGGAGGCAAAGACGUGUACAACAAAUCCUUUUUCAAGUUGAUGAACGGCACGACGAGGAAGUCUGCCACGGAAAUUUGAAGAAGUUUCAGUUUAGGGAGCUGCAGGUUGCGACCGAUAACUUCAGCAGCAAGAACAUACUAGGCAAAGGUGGCUUUGGAAUUGUUUACAGAGGUCAUCUAACGGAUGGAACUCUGGUGGCCGUCAAAAGGCUCAAGGAUGGCAGCACCGCCAGCGGUGACAUCCAGUUUCAGAGAGAAGUCGAGAUGAUAAGCUUGGCCGUGCAUCGAAACCUCCUCAGACUAUGUGGAUUCUGCAUGACUGCCUCAGAGAGACUGCUUGUCUAUCCAUUUAUGUCGAAUGGAAGUGUUGCUUCCCGAUUAAAAGGAAAACCACCACCGGAUUGGAUUACAAGGAAAAGAAUAGCAGUGGGAGCUGCAAGAGGACUGCUCUACCUGCACGAGCAGUGUGAUCCAAAGAUAAUUCACAGAGAUGUCAAGGCUGCUAACAUUUUGCUGGAUGAUUACUGCGAGGCUGUAGUUGGAGACUUCGGGCUAGCAAAGCUUUUAGAUCACAGGGAUUCCCAUGUCACCACAGCCGUAAGAGGCACCGUCGGCCACAUUGCGCCGGAGUACCUCUCCACAGGCCAGUCUUCCGAGAAAACCGAUGUUUUCGGAUUCGGAAUUCUUCUUCUGGAGCUGAUUACCGGCCGAACUGCUUUAGAAUUCGGCAAGUCUGUGAAUCAGAAAGGCACAAUGCUUGACUGGGUGAAGAAGAUCCACCAAGAGAAGAAGCUGGAGCUGCUGAUGGACAAGAACUUGAAGCACAACUACGACCGAAUCGAGCUCGAGGAGAUGGUGAAGGUGGCGCUCUUGUGCACGCAGUUCCAUCCCCGCCACCGGCCCAAGAUGUCGGAGGUGGUGCGGAUGCUGGAAGGCGACGGACUCGUGGAAAGAUGGGAGGCGUCGCAGAGAGUCGACUCCCAAGGUUUCAAGAUGCCGGAGUUGGCCUUUUCCGACCGGUGCUACUCUAAUCUGACGGACGACUCCUCCAUACUGAUCCAAGCAGUUGAGCUCUCUGGACCGAGGUGAGAGAGCUGGAGAAGGUCUUCAGAUUGGGUCAUGGAUAUAUCACAAAGAUAGUCAUGUUCUUGGCAUGAACCGUCGCCAUGGAUGGAUGGAGGACGAAGCAAUUCUUUCUUUGAGAUCGUGGAAGGGACUAUUCGGUGAGGAAGUGAUGGCUAUGUUGAUGGAUUUUGUUGUA